CCAGAAAAUUUUGUGGCGAUCAGUUCCAUACAUGACAACAAACAUACGCCUCUCUCUCUCCUCCUCAUUCCUCUCUCCAAACGCGCCACGCCGCCACCAUCACCACCACCACCACACUCUCACUCUAAAACUCCAAGCCACUCCCAACCCCAGCAGCUCCACCAUGGGUCAAAAAUCCGCCCCCACCACCGCCCCCGCCGCCGGCGAAUUGAAGCCAUUAGUCCGCAAGAAUUUCAGCCGCACCAACCCCAAGUCCGACCACUUCCCCGUCCACAGCUUCCACCACGUGGAGUUCUGGUGCGGCGACGCCACCAACGCCGCCCUCCGCUUCUCCUGGGGCCUCGGAAUGCCCCUCCUCGCCAAAUCCGACCUCUCCACCGGCAACUCCUCCCACGCCUCCUACCUCCUCCGCUCCGGCGACCUCUCCCUCCUCUUCACCGCCCCUUACUCCCCCUCCAUCUCCGACCCCUCCUCCGCCUCCCUCCCCUCCUUCUCCCCCUCCUCCCACGCCUCCUUCACCUCCUCCCACGGCCUCGCCGUCCGCGCCGUCGCCGUCGCCGUCCCCUCCGCCUCCGCCGCCUUCUCCGCCUCCGUCUCCCGCGGCGCCAUCCCCGUCUUCCCCCCAACCCUCCUCUCCGACGGCAGGACCACCCUCGCCGAGGUCCAUCUAUACGGCGACGCCGUCCUCCGCUUCAUCGACGGAGACCAGUGGCUCCUCCCCGGCUUCGAGCCGGUAACCAACCCCUCCCAAGAACUGGACUACGGCAUCGUGAGACUCGAUCACGCCGUCGGCAAUGUGCCAAAGCUCGCACCGGUCGCAGAGUACAUCAAGAAAUUCACUGGCUUCCAUGAGUUCGCUGAGUUCACGGCCGCCGACGUGGGGACGGCCGAGAGCGGGCUCAACUCGGUGGUGCUUGCCAACAACGACGAAAACGUGCUUUUCCCCUUGAAUGAGCCGGUUUUUGGGAUGAAGAGGAAGAGCCAAAUACAGACUUAUUUGGAGCAUAAUGAAGGGCCUGGGGUGCAGCAUUUGGCAUUGGUGAGUCAGGAUAUUUUCAAGACUUUGAGGGAGAUGAGGAAGAGGAGCUCGGUUGGGGGGUUCGAGUUUAUGCCGUCUCCACCGCCUACUUACUACCGGAAUUUGAAGAGUAGGGCUGGAGAUGUGCUUAGUGAUGACCAGAUUGAGGAGUGUGAGAGGUUGGGGAUUUUGGUGGAUAGGGAUGAUCAAGGGACUUUGCUGCAGAUUUUCACCAAGCCGAUUGGUGAUAGGCCGACCAUCUUCAUAGAGAUAAUUCAGAGAAUAGGGUGCAUGAUGAAAAAUGAGGAAGGAAAGAUGUACCAGAAGGGCGGAUGUGGAGGAUUUGGAAAGGGGAACUUCUCGGAACUAUUCAGGUCUAUCGAAGAAUUUGAGAAGAUGCUCGAAGCAAAAAUGGGCACGAGAACAGCAGUGCCGUGAAUGCUUACAUGCUAAAAUAGUAGUAGCAGGUAGAUAUAUAUAUUGAGAAAUGAAAAUAUCAGUCGGAUACAACUGAAUAUUAUGGCUUUAUGAACUAUUGAUAUGUACAAAAAUGACUUGUCCAUGUUUUAUACUGUGACACCGGUUACUGUAUGAUAUAUGUAUUAUCAUAUAAAUGAAAAUACUCCUCAGAUUUUUAUGCUU